AGGCAUGCUAUGGAGUGGACAGAUACAGAGCACCAUAAAGGGUAGUUGCCUGAGAAUCAAGCAGCUCUUCUUUGAACCUGCUGCAGUUUAUCAACAACACCUUGACUUGUGGAUAACAGAACUGGACACAGUAUUCCAGCAGCACUCACACCAGUGCCAACUACAGAGGGCCAGCUGCACAACAGUAACACUGUGCUAUGCUUCGAGAUGUCAUGGGAAAAACCUUUCGACUUCUGGGGUAUACCAUUCAAUAUGGCUGCAUAGCACACUGUGCCUUUGAGUACCUUGGAGGAAUUGUUGUGUGUUCUGGACCUUCAAUGGAACCAACCAUUCAAAAUUCUGACAUUGUCUUUUCGGAGAAUCUUAGCCGCCAUUUUUAUUGCAUUCAGAAAGGUGAUAUUGUAAUUGCAAAAAGCCCAAAUGACCCAAAAUCAAAUAUCUGUAAAAGAGUAAUUGGCUUGGAAGGAGACAAAGUCUGUAUAAGCAGUCCUUCAGAUUUCCGUAAGAGUCACAGUUAUAAUAUUCUUCUUGGAGGGCAGUCCAAAGCCUGGGCUCAGAGCAAAGAUUUGGUCUGCCUUCAGUUGCUAUGGAGACAGGAACACUCAUUGACGUGGAAGGUUUAUAAAGAAAAUUCACAGAGAUGGGAAUUCCACAAUGAUCUUGACUACAAAGCAAUCGUAACAGUAGUGGAAUGUUCGAAGACUUUCUGAACUUAGCAAAUGAGCCCAAAAAGUUAUAAAAAGACUUAUUAAUAUGCUUUUCAGUAUUUUAAAGACUCCCUUAUUCUGGUCUGACUUCCAUCUCAACAAGAAUCCAGUUGAGACAGCUCUAAGUUUGUGCAACUUCCUUCCAAUAUGUAGAGCUAUCACUUUUCUGCACAUAAAUACCAAGUAAAAGAGAGAGGUUGGCCAGUUUUUUAAAAGUUUGCCUCCAAAAUUGCACCAGCAAGUUUUUCCCCAUACAAGCAAAACAUGAUUGGAAUAUGCAAAUAGGUAUUUGCCUGGGGAAAAAAAAGAGGUGGGGGGAGCUGUGUGUGAAUUCAGUUUGCUCGUACAAAGGGACAUGUAAUAAUAAAACAAAUGAACGUGGGCUUGUAGUAUACAAAUAUUUGCUCAUAAAAAACUUUAUAGGUCCAUUGUCAGUGUUUGAUUUAAAAUUUGGCCCAUUCAAGCCACUUGUGGAAAAGAUCACAGAAAAAUGGUUCUGGAGCAAUUAAGGAUCCUGACUUUAAAAUGCUGUUCUGUCUGAAAAGUUGACUUGUAAAAAUGGCAUUGUGGGUUUUCAUAAUCAUUAUGUCUCACUUAUUUCCUCUAGAAAUGUGCACAGUUUUCAAGUAAAAAGAUGGUCUUGGUUUUGUUUGUUUUGUUUUUUCUAAUUUCCUACCUCCUCACAAAUCCACCCAGGUCUCUAGCAGUCGAGCUGGAUUAUUUCCAUAUUGUUCACUUUUACCCAGCAAUUGAGGUUUUUCAGGCCGAAGUGUUCCUUCAGCUACACCUGUCUUCAGAUUAUGCCUUCAGUGACACCUGUACAACCCCAUUAGCUUUCAGGGGGGAUAAAUUAAGGUUGAUCAGUAAGGGAUUUUUAGAUUGCUGAGAGUUCUAGAUCUUUAUAUAGUUUAUUAGUGCAUGCUACAUGGAAUUUAUUAAAAUCAACAAUGGAGAAAACAAAGUUUACAGUAAAUAGUAAAUUAAUUAUCUUGACAUAAUUUAUUGUAAUAACUUUCCAGCAUCACCUUUAAUCUAGAAAAAUGCUGCAACUGAAAUCCUUGCUGGACGUUAUGCAUAAGCAGUGAGAUGUACCAAUAAAUCAAAGUGCACUCUGAUCCAGAUCCUCAAGGUCUUUAGGUGCCUAAUUCUCACUGAGGAUCUGGGCCUCCAUGAUUUAACAUUGUUUCCUUUGAAGGUCAUAUGAUGUAACAUGGAAUUUUAGUAUUAAAAUCUAAAGAUAGGUCAAGCCUUACAAUCUUAGUUCUUCUGCCUAAACAAUCAGAUGACUCACAUUUUGGGAAAUUAAUUCACAAUAUGAGUAAGUAUUUAACCACAACUAAUUUCUAAAAUAAAAAGAUACUAUUGUUGCACCAUUGUCACUGUUCCUUAUUAUAAUAAAACAGAUCAGGGUCACAGAAGUGUGUUCAAAUAAAUACCCAUUUUAUCGUGGGUUAGGAAUGGUAUAUUUUAUUCAUAAGCAGCUAUUGCAGUAAAACCACUCAAUAUGUCAAAUAAACUGAAUAAUAUAUUCAAAAAUACAUAUGAAUUUAAUUCAAAAUGGGUGCUGUUCUAUAUCUUAAAAUAUAAUAUUUCAAAUAAUUUAUAUCUGCAAUAAUGUUCAGUCACUCACUAAAUCUUCAGUUUCCGGUUCUCAUAUAACAUUACCUGAAGAGAACCAACUGAAUUAAUACUUAUAAUUAUUGAUAUCAGAUCUACUAUUCAUUGACUUCUCAUGCACUUGUUACUACUGUGAGGAUUUUUCCAGUGCAGAAGGAAAAGGAUAACAUGAAUGUAGAGACUAAAACUGAUUUCCAAAAUAUUGGGUUCUGGUUCUUUUAAGUAGAUUUAUGUCAUUUUAGGCCAGUUGGCAGCUUUAAGGUGAACAACCUUUAUUGUAAACCCAGAAGAAUGAUGAAUGCAAUUAGGUGAUAAACAGUGUAUGAAUAGGGUAUGCCCAUUAAGCUAUUUGAUACCAACUUUGUUAGAUAUAUGCUGCAGGUUAUAGGAUAAUUAAUUUAUUUUUUCUUAAUCCUUUUUCAUUUGUGAGACAUGAAGUAUGCAGCACUAAAACAGAACUGUUGAUCUUUUAGAUCUUGUGCUUUUCCUUAAUUAGAUGCAAUUUACUUAAUCAAAUAAAUAAAUUUUAUUAGUACUUAGUAAAUGUGUCAUUUGAUAUUGUAGGUUCUUUCAUCAUAUUUCACUUUAAUCAAGAAAGUUAACACCUGUGGUUUAUUCACAAAAGCUUUUUUUGUUAAAUGAACACCCACAGGCAAUGAAGCAAUUACAUUUGUUGCUUGUACCAAAGUAGGAGGCACUUAAAUAGACCUCAGUAGGGAUAGAUGAGAACUUAGAGACUUUAUUCUUUUGUCCAGCACUGAGAUUAGCUCUUAUCAUAGCUCAAGAAGGAAGCCUCUGAACUGAAAAGAAAAAAUGGGAAUGAUUUAGGGUUCUUUUUAAAUUUAAAACUUUGAUAUUGCUCAAGGUGAUUAGAAUACCUGUGACCUUAGUGAAAGUUCAGCCUUUGAAAAGCACAGGCUAUUGUAGAAUUCUGAAAGAAGAGACCACAAGACCAUGAGUGUAUAAUUCUCUGUGCUUUUUAUUUUAGAAAAAAAUAUAGCUACUUAAUUAUUGCUGCAUAUUUACAUGCAUUUAAAAAUGAUAGAGAAAAUCCACUAAGGCAGUAAAUGUUAUUUUUUAAAAUUCUUUUGA